AUGGCUACCACGGUGGAGAAUGUUUCCGUGUUUGCUUGCCCUGUUCUGACCACCCGGAGUCUGAGGAUAUCCUGCAACCCACUGCCACGGAGUCGAACCUGCCACUGGAGUCCCCGGGCAUUCCAUGGAAUGACCGCCAAGCCGUUACCUUGCAUGCUGACAAGUCGUGAUCUCUGGUUCAACCUCGCAUCUGGCCGUGGUGUGUGUACACGACAGUGCUCUUCCAGCGAGUCUGCAUUCGACAUCAGCCUGGAUUUUUCUUUUUGCAAUCCCAGCCCGGCCGUGAACAUUGCCAAGUGGAGAGAGGACAUUUCCGGACCAGCCCUUCUUGGACAGGAUUUGUUCUCCAUGAUCGACUUCAAGGAUUUUAAGGGAGUCGACGCCACCUCAGAGUACAGCAUGGACAGCGCAUAUCAAAGCCAGUCAGGCUCCAGCCGACGAGGUGGAGCUUACCAGAGCUCUCCCAUCCAGAACCCGACAAGCCACUCUUUCAUGGACCAAGGCAUCUCCCCAUCAUUGGCUUCCGACUCUUUCGUGGCCUUUCCUGAGUCUCACGACAUAAACCAGGUCCACAAUGCCGGAAACAUGGACUUUGGGAACGGAUCCCAGUGGUUUGCUAAUACCUCUUCCGCGCAGGACUUCACAUACUCGCCGUCGAUGGCACAAGCGAUGCAACCCAGUGCUUUCGCUGCUUGGGGUUCAAACGAAGCAUCGAACUAUGAGUAUGCCUCGUACAACAUGAACAAUGAGAACGAGUUUUUCCGAUCUCAGCCUUCGCCUCAAAGGCACCUUGCUCGACCUCGCAUCGAGACUGCUGUACGACCGACCUCAUACUUCGCUGCUGAGCGUACUUUCAGCCACGCGUCGGCACAUUCACACUCUUCUACCGGUCGUGCUUCUGUUGCGUCUCCUGUCCAAUCACUCCAGCCGCAGUCCUUUGCUGAGGCCGCCUUCGAAUCUCAACAACUAGGUAGCCUAGGGUACGUUUCCACCAUCGCUUUCAAAGUUCUCGUUGCUAAUCGCGAGAACAGUUUUGACGCUACUCAAAGCAACUCGCCUUCGGAGGAGCUCUUGAUGGAAGACAACGAGGAGCUCAAGAGCCUCGAAGAGGAACACCACAAGGUUGCAAGGAGCGACCCUCUCUACUCCAAGGAGCCUGAUGCAGAUGGACUCUAUCAUUGCCCAAGCGAGGGUGAGAGUGGCUGUAACCACAAGCCCACGACUCUCAAGUGCAACUACGACAAGUACGUUGAUUCUCACUUGAAGCCAUUCCGCUGCAAGGUCGCCAAGUGCGAGUCCAUACCCUUUUCUUCAACUGCAUGCUUGCUUCGUCACGAGAGAGAAGCACACGGCAUGCACGGCCACGGCGCUCGUCCCAACCUCUGCCACUACGCUGAUUGCGAGCGGUCCACGCCUGGCCAGGGCUUCCCUCGUCGCUACAACCUCUUCGACCACAUGCGUCGCGUGCACGGCUGGCAGGGUGACAAGGACGUUGCUUCUGCCUUGGACGGACAGCCUGGGGCACGCAAGGUCCGCCUCCAGAAGCGCAAGGCCACUGGCACCCCGUCUGCCCUCAGGGUUGAGAAGAGGGCCAAGAUCAGCAAGGCCGCCCAGCAACAACAGCUUCGUGAGCGCCAGCGUACUAAGCUAAACGUAGAGUGGGCGAUGAAGAAACAGUCCAUUGCCACUCUGCUUGCCGACUUGAACGACCUCGGCGACGUGAGCGAAGCACAAGAUGCCCAGCUCCGACAGGAGAUCAAUGACUUCUUCGCCUUGCGCGAGAAGUAUCACACUGCUACUAAGGAGGAGUUCGCCGAAUGA